AGUGGGCAGGAGAGGCUGUGAUAACGACAGAUGUCUCACAAACCGUGGGUUUAACAGGAGGGGUGAAAGAAGAAAAAACGCCCAGUCGCAGAUUGGACCUGAGGGAGAGAGUAGGACUGGCUCUGACUGAAUCACAUUCACUUCUACAGGAGAAAAGAAAGUACAUUCAACGCACUCUUUCGCGCAGAGUUCAACAGAAUCAGAGAAACAGAUCAUAAUGGGAGGCAAGAUAAGCAAACGGAAGAAGGGAUAUGAUGUCAGUGACCCUAAAGAGAAGAAAGAGGAGAGUUCUGUGGCAGCAGUUGAACCAGCUGAGAAGAAGGCAGAGACCCCUGUGACUGAGGCAGUGGCUGCACCACAGGAGGCUGCUGCAGUAAGUGCAGCAGCAGCACCAGUGGUGGAGUCUGAAGCACCAGAUGAGAAGACUGCAUCUCCUUCAACAGCACAAGCAGAGGUGAAGAAGGAUGAUGCUGCGCCAGAAAAACAAGUGGCUACAACAGAGGCAUCUACUGCUGCACCUAAAGAACCAGCAAGUGCUCCUGAGGAACCAGCAGCUGUAAAGCCUACAGCUGUGCCAGAGUCACAAGCAACAGAGGUACCAGCAUCUGCAUCUGAGGCAACAGCAGUAGAGACAACAGCUGCUACACAGGAGGUACCAGCAGCAGAGGUAUCAGCAGCUGCAGCAGAGGUAUCAGCAGCUGCAGCAGAGACAUCAGCAGCUGCACCAGAGGGUUCAGUAGCUGCAGUAGUGACACCAAUAACUGCGCCAGAGGUAUCAGCACCUAAGGAACCAGCAGCUGAGGAACCUGAAGCUGCACCAGAAGCAUCAGCAGCUGAGGAACCUGAAGCUGCACCAGAAGCAUCAGCAGCUGAGGAGUCUUCAGCUGCACCUAAGGAACCAGCAGCUGAGGAACCUGAAGCUGCACCAGAAGCAUCAGCAGCUGAGGAGUCUUCAGCUGCACCUAAGGAACCAGCAGCUGGGGAACCUACAGCUGCACCAGAGCAACCAGUGACAAAAGAACCUGCAGCUGCACCUGAGGAACCAGAAACUGCACCAGAAUCAGAGGAAUCUGCAGCUACACUCCAGGAACCGGCUGCUGUACCAGAGGCAGCAGUGACAGAGAAACCUUUGGCUGCAACAGAAGAACCAGCUGCUGCCCCGAAGACACCAGUGAAAGAGGAACCUCCAGCUACACAUGAAGAACUUGAGGCUGAGUCAGUGGCACCAGUGGCAGAGGAACCUAUAAUACUAUCUGAGAAACCAGCAGUUGUGGCCGAGCCACCUGCAGCUGCACCUGAGGAACAUGCAACAACCCCCAAGGCUGAGGAAUCUGCAGCUGCACUUGAGGAUUCUGCACCUGUGCCAGAGGAGCCUGUAUCAUCGCAUCAACUUGCAGCUUCGCCAGUGGAACCUGUCACAGAGGAGGUAGUAGAGAAGGUGGUUGAGGAGGUUGCAAAUACCAGUGAAUUGUCUGAAAAAAUUACAGAAACCACAGAGGUCACACCAGAACCAGAGACUGUCACUGAGGCAGCAGCUCCAGAGCCAGUCACCGAGUCUACCCCAGUGCCAGAACCUGUUUCUGAGGCAUUGAGUGCGGCAGAGGUUGAGAUGGCUGUGCCUUCCCCAGAAAAACCCACACCAGUCACAGAGCCUGAAUCUGAAACUGCUGCACCUCCUGAGGUCACACUAACAGAAGCAAAUCCUGAGCCACCCUCAGAGCCAACACAACCUGAACCUACGGCAGAGCAAAAUAUUGCAGAGGAGUCCAUUCCCACUAUUGUCAUCUUAGAAUCAACCUCAACCAAUGAUCUCUGCCUUGAGGAACCUGCCCCGACUGUCACAGAUGAGAAGCUGAAUAAUGGAGACUGUGAAAGUGCUGGCUCAGCAGAGGAAUCUGUGUCAGCUCCCCCUAAGGUAAAUGGGGAAUGCCAUGAGCAGGCACCAGACAUAGCUCCUUCAGAUGUCCUUGAGUCCCCGGUUGAGGCAUGUGUAAAUGGGGUGAAGGACAAAGAACCUCCUCAAGAGCUGAGUGACUGUGAAAUGAAAAAGGACUUGAGUUUGGCUGCUGACAUUCAGGUUCCAUCUCCAAUUGGCGACAUGGUAGAGGUGCCACAGUGAGUCGAUUUAAUCUGAGAAACAAACCUUAAAUGUGAAUCCCAUAUUGAUGCAAACAAACAAAUGAAACAAUCGUCUGACAACACAGGCUUUCUGAAAAUAAAUGUGAAAAAUGCCUGUUGUGUUCUCUCAGGCAAAGGAAUUUCUGGUUAACCAAAAAGAAAUACAACCACCCAAGAGCUAAGAGUGCGAGAAACAAAAAAAAGAAUGAAACAGUGAGGGUCAAAGCCUAAAAGAAAAUGGGAGGGAGGGAGAGAGAGAGAGAGAGAGAGAGAGAGAGAGAGAGAGAGCGGAUGGUCUUUGAAGUCUUUGUGGCCGGUGUCCUGCUGUCAUCGAAGAGGGUGAGCUUGCAGGCCUGGUUGAAUAUGUAAGCCAGGGAGAUGAUGAUUACAUAUGAACAGAAAAUAAAAUUAAAAAACAAGAUGGCAGUACGGAAAUGCUGGAUAGUAACAAUGGUAAAAAAUGAAUUGAAUGAACAGAAUCAUCUUUUGUGUGUGAGCCUGAUGCAUAAUGAAAUGGUUUAUUGGAUUAGCAUUUAAUAGUAUAUAAUCUAAUUUAGACCACAUUUCUGUCACCAUUUAAUAUGGAGAUUUGAGGAUGAAGCAUUUUGAAAUUUUCAUGUUGGGAGAAUCAGUGGGUAAUGUUCAUUUUAACUUAAUGGCUUGGCUUAGAAAAUAAAACAAUCUGUUAUACCAUAAAAAUGUUUUUUUUUCUUCUUCCUUUUCUUUUUUGCACUUUUGUGAAUGUUGUGCUGAAUGGGUGGAACCUGUAAUACUUAAAAGAGUAUUUCAAAUAAAUGUAUGAUGCAAUGUCA